GGAGAUGGCGCCUGGGAAUGUUAUGGGGGCCGCUGAGGAGCUGGCUGACCAGUUCCUGCGUGUGACUAAGCGGUACCUGCCACACAUAGCUCACCUGUGUCUGGUCAGUACAUUCCUGGAGGACGGGCUGCGCAUGUGGUUGCAGUGGAAUGAGCAGAGAGACUACAUCAACAUGUCGUGGAACUGCGGGAUGUUCCUUGCAACCCUCUUCGUCGUCUUUAACCUGUGUGGCCAGUUAGCUGGCUGUGUUCUGGUCUUGAUACGGAAGUUUGUGCCUUAUGCUUGCUUUGGCCUGCUCGGGAUCAUCGCUCUGCAGACCAUUGUUUAUAAUAUCAUUUGGGACAUAAAGUUUCUCAUGAGGAACAUGGCUCUGGUUGGGGGUCUCUUGCUGCUCUUGGCCGAGUCCCGGUCGGAAGGGAAGUCCAUGUUUGCAGGAGUCCCUAAUAUGGGUGGGACAUCACCACGUCAGUAUAUGCAACUGGGGGGCAGAGUGCUGCUCAUCCUUAUGUUCAUGACCCUGCUCCGUUUCAAUGCCAGCGCCUUCAGUAUAUUCCAAGACAUUUUUGGCCUGGCCCUUAUUCUUCUGGUUGCCGUAGGCUUUAAGACCAAGCUGGCGGCACUUACGCUGGUGCUGUGGCUGCUGAUCAUCAACGUGGUUCAGAAUGCCUUCUGGUCAAUCCCAUCCCAUCGUCCUCUCCACGACUUCCUGAAGUACGACUUCUUCCAGACCCUGUCGGUUAUGGGGGGGCUGCUCCUGGUAGUAGCACUAGGGCCCGGGGGAGUUUCAAUGGAUGAACAUAAAAAGAAGUGGUGAGCUCUUCCAUCGGUUUCCGUUGCAUCACCAAGGACCGUUUAUCUAGUUUCAGAUGACAGCUCCAUCAUACAGUUGUCUACUUGAGCCAUUGGACUAAAGAAUCAUUGUUCUCUGAAGGAAGGGGGUGCAGCAGGUUCAUUUAAGGCAUCAGAAAUCCAUAGUUUGAUAAAAAGGGGGUUGCUCCAAUGGAUGUGCUCCCUUGUCUUGUGAUGGGUGGUUUGCUCUGGAUUCCUCUAAUGUACAGCUCCCUGAUGGUUGAGUCUGGCCCCAUUGGGGGGGCUUUAGAUUAGAGGUGGGGAGGAAUGUACCAGACUUUUCUGUGCAUUUGCUGUGCAUAGGAAAUUCUGUUUUUGGCAGUAACAGGGGGUGUGCCAGAUGCUUCUAAAGUUCCUGCUGCAUCUGUAAAUUCAUGGUUGUAAACUAAGAAGCCUGACGAAGCAUUGGAGCACAGUUUAGUAGUGAUAGAGAGGGACGAGCAACCCUCUUAAUCAAGACUGAGAAGUACAGUUGGAAGUUACUCCCAGAAUUUACUUAGACCAAUAAAAUCUGAGUAAGAGCCACAUAUAAGCAGCAUCUUGCUCUUCAGAGCACCACAACCCUCAGAAAAGCAAGUUCCUACGUGAGAUGGGUGCAUGUAUCUUAAACCUGCUCCCUAAUGCUAGACUGGAAACGGGUAGAUGCCAAUUACCUAUUUGUAUUAAAUGGGGGGGGGGUUAUCGCUUCCGUCAUCACAUAAUACAUGGAACGCAACUUGCUUCCAGACCGGGUUUAAAACUCUUCCUUCCGUGCUGCUCAGCAGACAAAGUGCUUUGUAUCAAUGAUUUUUUUUUUUUUAAAGUAAUGUAUCAUGGAUAUAGAAAUUGAAUGCCGCUGUUCAGCCUUUUGGGCUUAUCUGAUAUCUGCCCAUUUCUGAUAUAUAUAUAUAUAUCUUUAUAUAAUAAAACGUAUAGUGGUAA